AUGGAUAAUGAUAUACUUAUUCGUAUAUUCAUGACACUGAAUGUUGUUGAGUUAGUCUGUGUGGCAUCUGUUUGCAAAUCUUGGCGGGAAGCAGCUUUCGAACCCUGCCUCUGGGAGGUAGUGGAUUUUAGUAAGCUGAAGGCCACGAACUUCAAUCCACAGCGGGAGCAGUCUAGCCACAGGGUUAUUAACAUCCUCAGUAGUGCUUUCCGUUUAUGCGGUGGAACCAUAUCAUGCUUGAUUUUCCACCUCAACACAUACAUAACAAGUCAGCAGUUGGUUCUUGUUUCUAAAAGACUUGUUCUACCAGUUCAGGACACCGAAAGACUAGUUAAUGGGUCUGAAGAAGCUGCAAAGAACUGGCCAAAGCUUGAGUCAUUGACUAUUCGAGGUAGAUUUACUAUUGAAUUCAUGAAGGCAAUUGGUCAGCACUGCAACAACCUCAUCGAGCUGAAAAUGCUGUGCCUGGUUGACAUGGAUUGUGCAGAGAGCAUUAUUGCAUAUGCACCAAGUUUGAAGGUCUCAAGUAUUGAGUUCAACAUGGUGCACAGGGAUGCUAUGCUAUCCUUGCUCAAGGAAAUGAAGCAAUUAGAAGAGUUGAGUAUGUCUCACUGCCUCAUUUUGGAUCACUCUCCAAUUCCUGGAUACAUGUCUGUGCUCGUCCAACUUGACGAGUUAGUCCUUCAAGAGGCUUCACGGCUAAAGAAAUUUAUGUUUUUUCAGAGCCCCAGCCAUGUUCGCUCCUUUGAGAUUAGUUUAGAUGGAGAUACUUUUUUGUUAAUGGCGAUAUGA